CAGACGGUCAAGAUGCGAGGAAUGGAGUUAGUCGAUAUAUGUCUAUUUGUGAUCGGUAUGAAUGGAAUGUUGUUGCCUUCCAGCUCCAAGCAUUCUCCAUAUUUCCAAGAGGAGUUCAGAUUUCAAGAUAUCAUCCGGUUUGUACAUAGCAAUCAAAGUUUUUAUUUUUUUGCUACAGGAAAUUCCAUCACUAAUUCGACAAGACAAAUCGGCAUACCAUCACAAUGAGGAUACAUGCAUACUUCUCACUUCGUUCGACCAUUUGUUAUCAAACGAAAGUAUUAGGCUUAGCGGUAUUGUUGUGAGGUUCUAUGCCAAUGUCAAGAAAUAUGACUUUUCUGUGAUGUCUAACCAAUGCUAAGGAAACAAUUCAUUCAACGAAAUUCAGAUUCAUGUCUCAUGUCAACCUACUAAAGCACACAGCGGAAAUAUAUGCAAAGAUGGAAAAGGCUGCAAUACUGAAAAAGAAUUCUGCAGAAAGCUAUUUCAGGAAGAAAAUGAAAUAGGACUUUGUAUUGCACGGCGGAAUCUUUUUGAAUCCUGGGACAAGGAAAUGCCGUGCACACAAACUACUAAAUGUAAGAAUAGGAUCUGUCAUUGCGAGAAAGGAUUUAAAGUCAUCGGUGGUACAUGCUUGCCUGUUGGGAUGUUUUUAAACGAAUCAUGUUCCCACGACCGUCAGUGCACUGGCACUGUAAACGCUGGGAGGUGUCAACAAAACAAUCAGAGUCUAGGUGGUGGUGUCUGUUCCUGUGACGUAGGAUUCUUUCAAGAGGGUUCCAGUUGUUUACAAGGUAAUCGACGCCUUUUCCAAUCUUGUGAAUCACACAGACAGUGUACAGAAACUUUUGGGGCACGGGAAUGUAAGUUCAUCGCUGGUAUACAAAUGUGUCACUGUCAGGAUAACCACACAGUCGUUCGAGACGUUUGUGUAAAAGCUGGGUCAGUCAUAGGAGAAUCGUGUACAAUCGAUAAUGAAUGCACCGGUACAAAAAAUGGCGGGAGAUGUGUCUACAGCAAGGACAACGGUACAGAGUUUCAAACAUGUGCCUGCGAUGAGGGAUUUAUGACAAAUGGUUCAUUUUGUUUACCAGUCAACAAAACGCUGUUUGAGACUUGUGAAGUAGAUGGCCAGUGUAAUGGAUCGUUGGGUUUGGGGAUCUGCAGAACAGUUGGUGAGCGGAAGUUGUGUGGCUGUGGACCUCAAUACAUAGAGGAUAUGGCUUCCUUAACGUGUCACAAAGUUGGGAAGGAUAUAUUUGAGACGUGCACACUGGAUGCCCAAUGCACUAGGACGAAGAAUGCAGAUUUGUGCAAAUACAAUACAACGACACAAGCUAACAUUUGUUCUUGCAGGGAUGGAUUUGAAUGGGUGAAUGCAUCAUGUGUACCAAUUGGUAGACAGUUACUUGAAUCCUGUGAGUAUGAUUUGCAAUGUAACGGAACUACAAAUGCAACUGUGUGUGGAUUGUUUGGAAACAAAUCACUAUGCUUUUGCAAUAGAGGCAUGGUUGAGUUUCAUGGGACGUGUAUCGAAGCUGGUAAAGGUCUUGGUGAACCUUGUGAAACUGACAGGCAGUGUACAGAAACACUACAUGCUGGUGUUUGUGGUGAAAAUAGUUCGUGUUCAUGCGAUAGCGGCUUCAUCAGAGAAGACAAUGACUGUAUUAGAGGUGGAUGGAAUCAAGAUAUGAUAUAUCAAUUCAUGUUGUUCGGAGCAGGCGGACUUUUGUUUGGAAUGUUUUGUUUGAUUGGUAUGAUUAUAUGUAAAUGUAGAAGAAACCCAUUAUCCAAAAGUGGAAGGUUUGUGGUAAAGACAGAUCAAGAACCCAGCAACCGUCAAUCCAUUUUGUAUGCCGUGCCCAGCGAUCUUGGGAAUCAUGUGGGACCUUCAACGCCUGUUCACAAAGAGACCCAGAGAGUAGCAAAUUACUCGUACAAUCACCUACACGAACCUGUGGAACAGAAAAAAGACAAUGUGUAUUCUGAGCAGGACUCUUGUGAUGACGUGUACAACCACAUCCAUGAAAAAGAUGCACCAUUUUGUGAAGGCGUGUAUGACGUCACCGAAAAUGUCUUUAAUGACAUGAAACACAGUUCUGAUGAUAACUCUGAAUCUGUUGGUCUCUAUGAAUUUGCUGAACCUAUAAAUGCUAACAUGUAUUAAAGAUACAGCAGGUGCACGCGUAAAGCUUUUUGUAUUCUUUCAACUGUUGGUAUUCAAAUCACAAAAAAUAUGUACCAUUGUAUUAGAACGUGUUGCUUUAAUCAGGAAGACAAUUUGAUUUUGGCAGGUCGUCAACUGUUGGAAUAUGAAAAAAAAAUAUAUUACUUUUACGACUUUUCGAAUAUCAAAGGUGAAUUUUGAAGCAGAAUACAUUACCACACUUAGUUUCCAGGGACGAAGGUUGAUGCAUGUAAACGUACCACCAAAUAUCAUUCACAGUUGAUAUCGAUUAAUUCAGUGAUCUUACACUAGUUCUAACUACAAAGGUCCGUCUGCUUUAGUGAGUGCAAAUUUCAAGUAUAAAUAUACAAGAGUUUUUUACUCCAAGAUCAGCACAUGAAUUUUAUAAACGUGUAUCAUAGUGAUUAUCUGAUGUGUUUAUACUGUGGUCUAGUAGUUAUCCUGUCAUAAACCCGCUAAUAUUAAAUUUGAACAAUGCACAGUACAUUGUUAAGUUCGAUAUUGUUUGAUGCCUGUAUAUACCUGUUGAAGAUGUAACCACCUUCUAUGGAAGAUGAAUUGUUUACGGGUUAUAAUGUUUCAUGCUGAAUUAAACAAUUGCUUGUU